AUGGAAUACUCCCUGACCCUGCAAUCUGAUUGCAACCUCGUCCUGAAAAAUGGCAGCACAAGAGUGUGGGAAACCAUGACAGGGGGCUAUUCAGCUGAGUGCUACGUCACUCUGGACCUGAACGGCAAACUCGCCGUUUGGCACCCACGUUUUCGCUACCCACUCUGGAGCAGCGGCAUUAUGUCCCAAGUUGGGUACUAUGCCCUCGUCCUCCGCUAUGACGGCACCCUUCGUAUAUAUGGUCCCCAGCUUUGGAGUGCUGGGUCCUCUUCGGCACAACUAACAGCAGGGAUUGUUGGUUGGACUUGGACGAAGACCACUGAGUCAGUGCUCUACUCCGGUGAUGUAGCACCCAUCGGAACCACGAUCGUUAAUGGGAACAAUGAACUCACACUGCUGGACGACUGCAACCUGGUGCUCAACGGCGACGGAGCCACAAAAUGGCAGACUGGUGUCACUGACCGAACCAUGCAUGACUGUUACGUUAACUUGGAAGCUAAUGGUGAGUUGAGAGUGAAGCAUUGGGGUGGUGAUGUUCUCUGGACUAACAGAGUGGCUUCACCCACGUAUUCGAGUUUGUUCUCGUGCUGCAAACCAACGCCAUGCUCACUGUCUAUGGCCCUGUAA